CACGACCCCUACCGCCCCCCUCGGGUUUCCCUUUCCCGCCGCCCCCCGCCCAGGGUGUGGCCGGGUGGGCGUGGUCUAAACGGGGCGUGGUCAGUGGGCGUGGCCGCGCCGAGGGGGGCGUGGCCUACGGGCGGAUUAUGUCAACCCCGCGGCAGCCGCAGCCCCGAGCUGGGAGCGGCAGGAGCAGGGCCAUGGCGCUGCCCCGGGGGCUCGGCCUCGUCCUGCUGCUGCUGCUGGGGGGGCGCGGCGGCGCCAUCGUCAUCCCCCCCGAGUACUCGCUGCACGAGCUCCAGCAGCCCCCCGAGCUGACGGAGGCGCCCCCGGAGCAGCUCGUGGUGUUCCCCAGCGACGACGCCGUGCUCAAGUGCGCGGCCAGCGGCAACCCCCCGGUGCAGUUCCACUGGACACGCGAGGGCCGCCCGUUCCCGUCGCCGUCGCUGUCCCCGGCGGAGCUGGCGGGGGUCUCGGUGUCCCCCGGGGGGGGGACCUUGGUCAUCAACGCCAGCCUGGCCGCGCGCCUGCAGGGCCGCUUCCGCUGCGCCGCCAGCAACGCGCUGGGGACAGCGCUGUCACCCGAGAGCCACCUCAUCGCUGAGAACACGCCGCAGUGGCCCAAGGAGAAGGUGUCGCCGGUGCAGGUGGAGGAGGGGGACCCGGUGGUGCUGCCCUGCGAGCCCCCCGCCAGCGCCGCGCCCCCCAAGAUCUACUGGCUCAACAGCCGGAUCGUGCACAUCGCCCAGGACGCCCGGGUGAGCCAGGGCCAGGACGGGUUCCUGUACUUUGCCAACGCCCAGGUCGGGGACAGCCACCCCGACUACAUCUGCCACGCGCACUACCUGGGCCCGCGCACCAUCAUCCAGAAGGAGCCGCUGGACCUGCGCGUCAGCCCCAGUAACUCGGUGCAGUCCCGGCGGCCCCGCCUGGUGGUCCCCAGGGACCCCCAACCCACUCACGUGGCCCUGAGGGGGGAGACCCUGGUGCUGGAGUGCAUCGCCGAGGGGCUCCCCACGCCCUGGGUGUCGUGGCGCCGGCUGAACGCGCCGCUGCCGCCGGGCCGGGCCGUGCUGGACAAUUUCAACCACACGCUGCGGCUGCAGAGCGUCAGCGAGGCCGACGACGGCGACUACGAGUGCACGGCCAGCAACGGGCUGGGCACGGCCAGGAGCACGCACCGGGUCACCGUGCAGGCCGCCCCGUACUGGCUGCGGCGGCCGCAGAGCGGGGUGUUCGGCCCCGGGCGAGACGGCGCGCCUGGACUGCCAGGUGGGCGGGAAACCCCGGCCCGCGCGUCAGCUGGAGCCUCAACGGGGUCCGCCUCGAGGAGCUGCCGCCCUCGGAGCACCGCUCUCUCCGGGACGGGGCCCUGGUCCUGUCCCGCCUGGAGCCCAACGCGUCGCUGGUGGCUCAGUGCGAGGCCAACAACCACCCACGGGCGGCUGCUGGCCAACGCCUUCGUCUACGUCGUGG